AUGGUCCGCCCUCCUGGCCCCUGCACGAAGGGCGAGGACGAAAUACUGGGGGCAAUCGCUGCCAGCACCACAGCGAGGGCGAAGAUGGACGAUCCUCUGACCGAAAUCGCUCCCCGGAAGGAACCUAAACGCUGGAUUCAAGCACCGAUAGGAAGCGUAGAUCCGGAAGAGGAAUUAUGGGUGAUCAGCUUUGAUGGAUCGGCUCGAGUGAAGCGUGGCGGAGGCGCGUUCAGAUGGGAGGUGUUCAAACCCAGAUCGGGCUAUCUCGAGAGCCUCACCAUCAACGAAGCAGAAUAUAACGGCCUGAUCCUGGGACUCGACAUGCUAGAGGACCUAGAUCACAAACGCCUAGUGGUCUGCGGUGAUUCUAACUUGGUGAUCCGACAAGUACGGGGCGAGAUCGAUUGCAAAGCACCCGGACUGACGAUAUUGAAGCGGAAGGCCCUCAUUCGCCUUAGGAAAUGGAGAGAUGAUGAACUAGUGCAUGUCAAGAGAGACGGGAACGGAAGUGCCGACAGUCUAGCGAGUGCCGCUUUACAACGACAAGGCGGGAUCGAGGUCCAGAAGAUGCCCGGGUACCAGGAUCUGGUCACUCUGAACCGGUUAGAUGAAAUCUUGAUCCCUAAGACCGAGAACCCAGUGGCACGAGUUAUCGCGGUGACCACUCGAGCUGGUCGAGCUGGUCGAGCAAGACCACCGGCGAGUGUCAUGGAAGAGGGUUUGAUCCGCGAAAUCCUAGUCAAUCGGAUCAAGCAGGCCCAAGAGGAGGAAGUCUGGAUCGCCGGCAUGAAGAAGUAUCUGAGUGGCUCGAUCGCGGAUUUCACCCAAGCGGAAGCAAGAUCUUAUGGCAAGAUCGCGGCUGACUACGAGGUGGACGAGCAGGAUCUACUCUUUUACUGCCCCUCGACGCCGAGAUCGGGAGACGAUCGCGACCGAUUGAUGAGAUUGGUAGUUCCCGAAACGCUACAGUCGGACGUUCUACACCACUAUCACACCACGUUGGAAGGAGGACAUCAGGGAAUUAUUGCGAUGGAUCACAUACCGUCGCUACCCAGAUCCCACAAGGGAAACACUGAGUUAUUGAUCUGGGUCGAUCUGUUCACAGGAUAUGUGAUCGCGAAAGCCAUCUCGUCCCGAUCGGCCCAGACGGUUGCAGAAUCGUACAAAGAGUGUGCAUUCCGACGUGCCAGAGAGAUGAUCCGGCAUGAUCGAGAUCCCGGCUUCAUGUCCGAUUUCUUCCGGGCGUUUAUCAAGAUCCUGGGACAACGGCAGCGGGCGACGAUGGCAUAUCGACCACAAGACAACGGGACUGCAGAAAGAAUGGUACAAACGGCGACCAGGGCGCUCAAGAUGUAUGUUCGCGAUCUGGAUCAGAAGGAUUGGGACGAGUAUGCAGAGGCCUUACCUUCGCGAUCAACACGGCUCACGAUCGGAUCCGAGGAGAUACCCCUCACUAUUUGGUGCAUGGGUGGGAUCCGAGAUCGACACUGGAGGCUACACUGCCAGUCGGAUGUACGAGACGGCGCGAUCGAGACGCGCGGCGGUGGCGUUAUCGGGUCCAGCGAUAUUAUCAGCAAACAAGUCAAUGCCAGAUUGAAGGAGGCCAUUGCAGAUCGGGCCGGCCGACACAACGAGGACGUCGGAUCGCACCAGAUCGAGGCCGAAUUUCGCAUCUGGUUAUACCUAGAUCGGGUGAAGGAAGGAUACGAGCGGAAAUUGGCCCAUGCCACAGGUGGGCCAAUUUCCGACUCGCCGAAAAGAUCAACGAAUUCAGCGUCAAGCUCAAGCGAGAUCGCAGGAACAGGAUAUCAAAUCUUCCCUGUGGUACAUGUGUCGAAGUUGAAACUGGUCAAGGACUUCCCAGAUCGGCCACGCGUGGAGCUCACCGUGGAUGAGGCGGAUCGUCUCGAUUUCGAUGAGAUCCUGCUUCUGGAGGACAGUUGGGUCCCAGAUCUCGGAGCCGAUGAGUACGAAGUCGAGCGGACCUCCGAUAUGCGGAGUGGGAAGAAGACGCGAUUUGGUCGGAUUUGCCGAGAAUUCCUGGUGCAUUGGGCAGGAUAUUAUGAGCCAACCUGGGUCGACGAAGCCGAUCUCAACUGCGGGGUAAUAUUGAACUCCUUCCUGCGGCAACGGGCUAAUCGGAACCUCUUCAUG